AUGAGCAGUGACGACGGUGAAGUUUUUGUUUCUGAUGAAGUGAGACAACAAGUAUUCCAAAGAUUAUCAUCCAAACUAGAGAACCGUGUGUGUUUUGAUUGUGGUAACAAGAACCCAACAUGGACCUCUGUCCCCUUUGGUGUCAUGCUUUGUAUCCAAUGUUCCGCAGUCCAUAGGAAUUUGGGUGUCCAUAUCACUUUUGUCAAAUCAUCCACUUUAGACAAAUGGACUAUUAAUAAUCUAAGAAGAUUUAAAUAUGGCGGUAAUCACAAGGCCCGUGACUAUUUUAUGAAACAUAACGGCAAGCAAUUUUUAGAUACAUCUAAUUCCAAUGCAAAAUUGAAAUAUACAAGCAAUGUAGCUAAACGUUAUAAAGAGCAUCUUGAUAAUUUAGUCCAAAAAGAUACCGAAUUAUACCCCUCUGAACUAGUCCUUGAUGAAAAUGAAGUCGAUAUUGACACUGACACCGACUCUAGAUCUACAAGUUCGUCAAAGAAUGCCAGCGUGGAUGAUUUCUUCUCAAAUUGGCAAAAACCAAAGAGUUCCUUAAACUCCACUUCCAAAUUGAAUUCAGGUAAUUCAAUCCCAAGAAAUAGUUCUGCAAGUCCACUAAACUCCUCUAAGAAUUCUCAGUCAGUUUCUUCAACCUCAACUGCCUCCAAUAGACAAAAGUCCUCCAUUCUAAGUGGUAAUAAUAGAAAUAUAGGUGCAAAGAAACAUUCUAUUUUAUCAUCCAGCAGAAAACCAACGAAAUUAUCCGCUCAGAAAGUUAACAAAUCUGAAGCAGAAGAUUUAUUCGAUCAAUUCGAAAGGGAAGCAGAAAGAGAAAAACUGGAAUCGCAGACAAACAUGUACCAAAAUAAUAGUAAUAAUAGUAAUAGUGGUGGUAGUGGCGCUAAUAAAUUUGUUUCCAAGCCAUACACUAAUGUUUCUGACGAUAUGAUUAAUAAAAGUAAAAAUAACGAUGAUAUAGAUUUUCAUGAUUCUUUGGAUGAUUCCUUGGAUGAUGAUUUGCCUAACAGUUCAUCUAAUUACUCUGUAGAAGAUUUAAAACCUAAGUUUGCUAAAUUAGGGUUUGGUAUGACUCAAAAUGAUGCUAAUGAUUUGGCUAAACAAUAUACCGAGGCAAAGAGGGCUGCCUCAGGUCCUAAAUAUACUGGUAAGAUUGCUGCCAAAUUUGGCUCUCAAAAGGCAAUUUCAUCAGAUCAGUAUUUUGGGCGUGGUAAUUAUAAUGAAGAUGAAGCUAGAGAAGCUAGAGAAAAAUUGAAAAGUUUUGAUAAUGCUACAUCCAUCUCUUCUUCUUCAUACUUUGGUCAAGAUCAAGCUGAUGAUAGUGAAAGUUCAUUUGGCAAUGGUUAUACAGGGGGAAUAAAUGGUAAUGGCUAUAGCAAUAGCAGUAAUAAUGGGUUCGUUGAUUUUAGCAUCAAUGCAGAUGAUGAAUUGCAAGUCAUUAAAGAUGCUAUGGAACAAGGUGCUCAAAAAUUGGGCAGUUAUCUAAGGGACUAUUUAAGAAGAUAG